UUAUAACAAUUAUCGGUUAUAAUUGCACAACAUGCUUACAGCCUACAAUCAUGUAUGGAAAGAUACAUGGAUCAUUUUUAAAGACCUUAUGAUACACAAGAGGUUUCAAGGUUAUAUAUUGUAAAACAAACAACGCUGAGAUAAUUAAAGCAGGAAACAGUGGCGUCUGCUCGUGAAACGGUUAGUAUAUUGGUUACUACACUGUGGAGAACACCUAGUGCUAGUGUGCAGAAAUGACUAUUCUACGAUGGGGUAUUGCCAGCGCGGGGAAAAUCUCGCACGACUUCGUGACGGCUUUGCGAUCCUUGCCAGCAAAGGAGCAUGACGUGGUAGCGGUGGCUGCCAGGCAACUGUCACGUGCACAGGACUUCGCAAAACUCCAUGAGAUCAAGAAGGCCUACGACGAUUACGCGAAAUUAGCACUGGAUAAAGACAUCGAUAUCGUGUAUAUUGGCGCGAUUCAUCCUCAACACUUCGACAUCGCGAUGCUGAUGCUGAAGCACAACAAGCACGUUCUGUGCGAGAAACCGUUGACAAUGAACUUAAAGCAGACGACCGAGUUAAUUAAUUAUGCAAAAAGUAAGAAGCUGUUCUUGAUGGAAGCCGCGUGGAGCCGUUGUUUCCCAGUGUACGAAGCUAUCAAGAAAGAAAUUACGUCUGGCAAUAUUGGCGAUGUUCACCAAGUGAUCGCUUCCUUCGGCUUCGCAAUGCCUGAUGUGGAGCGCAUAACCAUGAAAGAGUUGGGUGGUGGCACGAUUCUGGACCUCGGUAUCUACUGCUUGCAAUUCGCCUGUUUGAUCUACGACAAUGAGAUGCCCGAAAGCAUAAAGGCUUCCGGCUUCUUGAACAAGGAUGGCGUCGAUAUAUCGAUGUCAGCUACUUUGACUUAUAAAGGGAAUCGUACUGCGACUAUUAUGACGCAUGCUUUGGUCCCCCUCCCGAACACAGCAUACGUCUGCGGUACUGAAGGCGUGAUAAGAGUGCCCGAUUUUUGGUGCCCGACGACGGCGGAUCUACCCAGCGGUACCGUAAAAGUACCGUUACCGAAAUUGAAACACGAAAUCAACUUCGUCAAUUCCGCUGGACUUGCCUAUGAAGCCGCUGAGGCCCGCGCUUGCAUUCUAAAAGGUUUGACAGAAAGUCCAAAAGUGACACAUGACACGUCCUUAUUACUAGCGAAACUGGAGGAUGAACUUCGCAAACAACUUGGCGUUGUAUAUCCUCAAGAUUGAAAAACUUCACAAUCUCUACAAAUACAAAAAUGUAUACCAAAAUAAAAUUCAAUAAAAGUUUUAUUUUCAAACUGCA